ACAGAACUGCCAGGAGAUUACUUAUUGGUGGAAUCGGUGGUCAAUGCAGAGGGAAAAUGCACGAGCAGAAGAGUGUCCCAAGAUGCGUUUCAUACGCGGCCAAAGGAAGUCAGUGCAGUUGGUCUGCAAUCAAUAUGCCUAUGCUAAGAACAAGCAGCAUGGCUCGAUGACCUAUUGGAACUGUCGCAUUCGCCGAUCGGGUUUGCCAGCUUGCAAUGCACGAAUCUCCACAAAGCGAUUGACAAAUGGCAAAUACAAAGUGUGGCUAACGCGACCCGAGCACAAUCAUCCGCCCUCGAAGCGCAUAGCACGCAUGCUCAACGAUUCCCUUGUCACCUAGAG